CCGUCGAUAUGCACGUGUGUGAAGGCUUAACGCUCGCAGUAUACCAGGCCGGGGCGAAUAAUACGUUGUGAGUCAGUUAAUUAAUUGCAGGUUGUCUUCACUACCGGAAGGUCUUAUUUGAAAUCGGUGUGUUUUUUUGUACAUAGUAUAUUUAUUAAACUAUUAUAAAGGUUGGUUAUAAAAAUGCCGAGAUCUUGUUGCGUAGAGGGCUGCAAUAGCAGGCAAGGACCUGGUGGGAGAAUAUGUUUUCGUUGUCCGAGAGAUGAAAUAAGAUGCCAACGUUGGAAAGACGUUUUGAAGUUUGUAGGAGCGCACAAAUAUGCUAAUCUUACUGUGGGACAGUGUUAUGACAGAUUGGCAGUAUGUGAUUUGCAUUUUACAACUCAUGAUUUCCUGGAAAAUAGCUUCAGACCUGGUCUGAAAUAUAAUGCAAUUCCGUCCUUAAACUUGGGCUAUGAAAGAAAUAUGGAUGCCUCCAUUCAAACCGAUUGCAUUAGCUUAGAAGAUGCAGGUUUACAGACGGAUUUUAACCUUAAUCGUGAAAAGAGCAACGACGCAUCUUCGCAAACUGAUACGUCUAAAUUAUAUAGCAGAUCUACACAAACAACAGCCAUACUGUCAGCAAACACUCCGAGGAAAUCUAUCUUAAAGGAAAAAAUAAGAAGUCUAAAAAGGGCCUCAAGUAGUGCAACAGAGUCAAAGGAUCCAAAGUGUCAGAGGCAGUUGGAGACAAAUAUUACUAUUGAAGAUGUGCAUAGGUUUUUAGAAGAUAAAUAUCCGGCAAAGUCAUGCCAACUUAUUAAAAUUCAGUUAGAUUUAUUAAAUAAAUCCCCAAAAGGUUGUAGGUAUUCCGAAGAAUAUAAGCGAUUCGCUGUAAGCGUUAACUUUUUGGGCCCUAAGGCCUAUAAACAAUUUUCAAGUUUGUAUCAAAUGCCCUCAAAAAGUACGCUGUCCCGAUUUACUAGAAAAUGGGUAGUUAAUCCUGGAUUCAAUUAG